UCCUCCUCCCCCUGUUGCGUUCCUAGGUGGCGAUGGCGACGGGGCAGGUGCUGUUUCAUCGGUUCUUCUACUCGAAGUCCUUCGUCAAGCACAGCUUCGAGAUUGUUGCUAUGGCCUGCAUCAAUCUCGCGUCCAAAAUCGAAGAGGCGCCUCGACGUAUAAGGGACGUGAUCAAUGUGUUUCAUCAUUUGCGUCAGUUAAGAGCAAAAAGGACUCCAAGCCCCCUGAUACUUGAUCAGAACUACAUAAACACCAAAAAUCAAGUAAUCAAAGCAGAAAGAAGGGUACUGAAGGAGUUGGGAUUUUGUGUUCAUGUCAAGCAUCCACAUAAGAUCAUUGUUAUGUAUUUACAAGUCUUAGAAUGUGAACGUAAUCAAACCCUGGUACAGACAGCCUGGAAUUACAUGAAUGACAGCCUUCGAACAAACGUGUUUGUUCGCUUUCAGCCAGAGACUAUAGCAUGCGCUUGCAUUUAUCUUGCUGCUAGAGCUCUGCAGAUUCCACUACCUACCCGUCCUCACUGGUUCUUGCUCUUUGGCACCACAGAAGAGGAGAUUCAGGAGAUAUGCUUAACAACUCUUAAGCUCUACACCAGAAAGAAGCCCAAUUAUGAAUUCCUGGAUAAAGAAGUAGAAAAGAGGAAAAUGGCACUGCAGGAAGCUAAACUGAAGGCAAAAGGUUUAAACCCGGAUGGAACUCCAGCACUGUCAACACUGGGUGGCUUCUCUCCUGCAUCCAAACCAUCUUCUCCGAGAGAAGUGAAAACUGAAGAGAAGUCUCCAGUAUCUCUGAAUACCAAAACCAUUAAAAAAGAGCCAGAAGAGAGGCAGCAAGCUUCAAAGAGCCCUUACAAUGGCAUGAGAAAAGAAAGCAAGAGAAGUAGAAGCAGCAGAAGUGCUAGUCGAUCUAGGUCAAGAACAAAGUCAAGGUCUCGAUCUCACACUCCUAGGCGGCACUACAACAAUAGGCGGAGCCUGUCUGGGACCUACAGCUCAAGAUCGAGAAGCAGGUCCCGCAGCCACAGUGGCAGGCCCCCCCGGCGCAGACACCAUAAUCACGGCUCGCCACACCUGAAGACCAAGCAUAGCAGGGAAGAGCUGAAGAGUGUGAAUAGACACGGUCACAAAAGGAAAAAGUCUCGUUCACGUUCGCAGAGCAAAUCCAGGGAUCAUUCCGAGGCUGCCAAGAAGCACAGGCACGAGCGGGGACACCACAGAGACAGGCGUGAGAGAUCCCGUUCCUUCGAGAGAUCGCACAAGGGCAAACACCAUGGUAGCGGCCGCUCAGGACACAGCAGGCACAGGCGCUGAGGUUUGCACCUGCACCACAUUCUAGUUAAGCCUGUAUAUAAUACAGUAAAUGGACUCUUUAUGUGAGAACAAAGGAACUGAUUACGAUUUGAUUAAUUUAAACCCAAUAUCUAAUUUUCUAAAACAUGUAGAAGAUUUUUCUUUUGGAAGAAGAAACUGUUACCAACUUUUGCACAUAAUACCUUAGCAGUAUCAGAUUGAUGGAAAACAAGGAUCAGGUUAAAUUGUAUGUAUUAGAGUUGUGUAUUGUUUAUUGAUAUGAGAACUGGAGAAUGGAUUUCUGUAAAAAAAAGCAAAAUGUACCUUAUUUUUAUACAAGUCAAUUGCAGACACUUAUAUUUAAGUAUAGUUAUUUGUUUAAACGAUGGUGGAUACUUUCUUACACUGGUUUUAGUCUGCAUGUGUUAAAAGAUUUUUACAAGAAAUAAAAUACAAAGCUUUUUUUUUUUACUGCCU